AUGUCCAACGUCCCCGCAGCGUCUAUCCCUCCCGCUGCCCGCGCAAAACAGCUUCGCGCAUGCCUGCUAUGCUCUAUCAUCCAGACCCCGCUUGACUUCAGGAGAGGAGGAUGUCCGAACUGCGAAGAGUUCAUGCAGAUGCGCGGCUCUCCGGAUCGAAUCCAAGUGUGCACGACGACUUAUUUUGACGGGAUCAUUGCGAAUAUCGAUCCGGAGAAGAGUUGGGUGGCGAGGUGGCAAAGAACAUCUAAAUUUGUUCGUGGGAUGUACGCAGUACGCGUUAAGGGUCGGAUACCCGAAGAUGUUGAGGCGGAGCUCGAGCAGCGUGGGAUUAAGUACAGGCCGCGCGACCAGACGGACCUUGACUGA